AUGGGAAGGACCCCCAGGGGUUCAGGAAAGGACCCCAGGGGUUCAGAAGAGGACCCCAGGGGUUCAGGAAAGGACCCCAGGGGUUCAGAAGAGGACCCCAGGGGUUCAGAAGAGGACCCCAGGGGUUCGGGAAAGGACCCCAGGGGUUCAGGAAAGGACCCCAGGGGUUCAGAAGAGGACCCCAGGGGUUCGGGAAAGGACCCCAGGGGUUCAGGAAAGGACCCCAGGGGUUCAGAAGAGGACCCCAGGGGUUCAGAAAAGGACCCCAGGGGUUCAGAAGAGGACCCCAGGGGUUCAGAAGAGGACCCCAGGGGUUCAGGAAAGGACCCCAGGGGUUCAGGAAAGGACCCCAGGGGUUCAGAAGAGGACCCCAGGGGUUCAGAAGAGGACUCCAGGGGUUCAGAAGAGGACCCCAGGGGUUCAGAAGAGGACCCCAGGGGUUCAGAAGAGGACCCCAGGGGUUCAGGAAAGGGCCCCCAGGGGUUCAGGAAAGGACCCCAGGGGUUCAGAAGAGGACCCCAGGGGUUCAGAAGAGGACCCCAGGGGUUCAGAAGAGGACCCCAGGGGUUCAGAAGAGGACCCCAGGGGUUCAGAAGAGGACCCCAGGGGUUCAGAAGAGGACCUCAGGGGUUCAGGAAAGGACCCCCAGGGGUUCAGGAAAGGACCCCAGGGGUUCAGAAGAGGACCCCAGGGGUUCAGAAGAGGACCCCAGGGGUUCAGAAGAGGACCCCAGGGGUUCAGAAGAGGACCCCAGGGGUUCAGAAGAGGACCCCAGGAUCCAGGAGAGGACCCCAGGAUCCAGGAGAGGACCCCAGGAUCCAGGAGAGGACCCCAGGAUCCAGGAGAGGACCCCCGGAUCCAGGAGAGGACCCCAGGAUCCAGGAGAGGACCCCAGGAUCCAGGAGAGGACCCCAGGAUCCAGGAGAGGACCCCAGGAUCCAGGAGAGGACCCCAGGAUCCAGGAGAGGACCCCAGGAUCCAGGAGAGGACCCCAGGAUCCAGGAGAGGACCCCAGGAUCCAGGAGAGGACCCCAGGAUCCAGGAGAGGACCCCAGGAUCCAGGAGAGGACCCCAGGAUCCAGGAGAGGACCCCAGGAUCCAGGAGAGGACCCCAGGAUCCAGGAGAGGACCCCAGGAUCCAGGAGAGGACCCCAGGAUCCAGGAGAGGACCCCAGGAUCCAGGAGAGGACCCCAGGAUCCAGGAGAGGACCCCAGGAUCCAGGAGAGGACCCCAGGAUCCAGGAGAGGACCCCAGGAUCCAGGAGAGGACCCCAGGAUCCAGGAGAGGACCCCAGGAUCCAGGAGAGGACCCCAGGAUCCAGGAAAGGACCCCAGGAUCCAGGAAAGGACCCCAGGAUCCAGGAAAGGACCCCAGGAUCCAGGAAAGGACCCCGGGAUCCAGGAAAGGACCCCAGGAUCCAGGAAAGGACCCCAGGAUCCAGGAAAGGACCCCAGGAUCCAGGAAAGGACCCCAGGAUCCAGGAAAGGACCCCAGGAUCCAGUAAAGGACCCCAGGAUCCAGUAAAGGGCCCCAGGAUCCAGUAA